CUACAAGAAAACCGCUGGCCCUCCUCCAUCUCCAUCUCUCUCUGUCUCUUUCUCUAUCUCUGCUAAAGCACUAAACAAAGACAAGAAGAAAAUUCAACGUUCCUCGCAAUCGCACACCCUAGGUUAACCAUUCUUUUCAAUUUUAUGUUUUUUUUGGGCUUGCAGAUCCAAUAGCAAUGACAACGUCUCUUUGAUUGCAUAAAUAUUCAGCAUUUUCCAUGUAUCCAUCAGUUAAUUAUUCAUAUAUGUACAUGUUCUCGAUCCUUGUUAGCUUACAAAAAGGGAUAUAUGUUGCUCUUUGAUCAGCUUUGAGCAAUCAUUUAUAAUUUGGUGGGCACGUCUGGAAACAUAGAUUUGACUAAUAAACAUACGAGUUAAUCCAACGUUAAAAUACUUUAGUCAUGGUUGCUAUGGCUGCUACUGCAUCACUGUUUCCGGUUUCUUCCCCACAACCUCACUCUGGGACCAAGACAUCUGGUAAGCUUGGAGGUGUGCCAGAUAGUGUUGAUGUGCGUGGAAUUAAGACAAAAUCUGUUACUUCAGGAGGUUUGCAAGUUAAGGCUAAUGCACAGGCUCCUGCAGAGGUAAAUGGGACUAGAGUGCGUACCAUGAUCAAGACUGAUGAUAAUUCUACCUCACAUGUCCCAAGAACCUUUAUCAACCAGUUACCGGAUUGGAGCAUGCUUCUUGCUGCAAUCACGACAAUCUUCUUGGCUGCAGAGAAGCAAUGGAUGAUGCUGGACUGGAAAACCAAGCGGCCCGACAUGCUUGCUGAUCUGGAUCCUUUUGGUUUAGGGAGAAUUGUGCAGGAUGGCCUUGUAUUCCGUCAAAACUUCUCUAUUAGGUCAUAUGAGAUAGGGGCUGAUCGAACUGCAUCAAUAGAGACGCUAAUGAAUCAUUUGCAGGAAACUGCCCUUAAUCAUGUGAAGACUGCUGGACUCUUGGGUGAUGGCUUUGGCUCAACACCAGAAAUGUGCAAGAAGAAUCUAUUUUGGGUGGUGACAAAGAUGCAGGUGAUGGUAGACCGUUAUCCAACUUGGGGCGAUGUUGUUCAAGUAGAUACAUGGGUAGCUCGAUCUGGGAAAAAUGGCAUGCGCCGUGAUUGGCUGCUUCGUGAUUGCAAAACAGGCGAGAUCGUAACAAGAGCUUCAAGUAAUUGGGUUAUGAUGAAUAAAGAGACACGGAGAUUAUCGAAAAUUCCAGAUGAAGUCCGAGCUGAAAUAGAGCAUUACUUUGUAGAUGCACCACCAGUGGUGGAUGAUGACAACAGAAAAUUGCCUAAACUUGAAGAGACCACUGCUGACCAUGUUCGCGAUGGUCUAACUCCAAGGUGGAGUGAUUUGGAUGUCAACCAACAUGUUAACAAUGUCAAGUAUAUUGGUUGGAUCCUUGAGAGUGCUCCACAACAAGUUGUGGAGCAGUAUGAGCUUGCUAGCUUGACUCUGGAAUACCGUCGAGAAUGUAGGAAGGAUAGUGUGCUGAAGUCUCUCACCUCGGUAAUAGGAAUAGCUGAUUCCAACCAUGUUGAUUGCCAGCAUGUGCUCCGAUUUGAGAGUGGUGGUGAUGGUGAGAUUGUAAAAGGAAGGACUGCAUGGCGACCAAAAUACAAGGAUCCAGUUAGAAGCAUUGGUCACUUGUCUGCUGGAAAUGGAAAUGCAAAUGCAAAUGCCUAAUGCCAUGUUUGAUGUUUGCCCUUUUGCCUCAUUUUCAAUCUGUAUAAAGAAUCAUCACUCAUCCUAUCUAUGCUAUGCCCUUCUCUUGGAAAUAACUUGCAAUGUCCUGCCCCCAUAUAUACAUAUUUUUCUAUUUUGUAUGUUCUUUCUCUCACUUUUUAUUUAUUUAUUUAUUUAUUUAUUCUGAAUAUGUAGUAAUCAUUCCUUUGUUAACUGAGAGUUUCUGAGCUUAUGCAUUGAUCCCAUGCCAACCGUC